AUGACCUCGACGUACGGUGCUUGCAGCUUUCUUCAACUCAAGGCUUGCGAUUUCUUCAAUGAAACGCUCGCUUUCGAGGACCGUAUCCAAAGUGGGCACCAACUCUGUGAUGGACUAGAGGUAUUGAUCCUUAUUUUCUCUAUGUACUUUCAGAGCUCGUCAACUGACAAAGAGUUUCCCGACCUCAUCCACAGCGUCUGUGAGCGAAUUCAGAAAUUUCUCAGUUCUACUGAGCCACAGAUUCUCCAGGAAUCUCCUAUUCAACAACUACGGCGUAUAUGCUUAGAGAUCUUGCAAAAAGUACCGAAUGGGGACCACGUGCGGCCGUAUGCACGAUCCAUUUUAAGCCUUUUGUUCAAAUUAGUUGAGGUCGAAAACGAGGAGAAUGUGCUACUGUGUGUGAAGCUGAUUAUUGAUCUUCACAAAUACUAUCGUCCAUCUUUCUCUCUAGAUGUCACAUCUUUUCUUUCCUUUGUCCGCCGAGUUUAUCGGGGACUACAAAAUGAAGCGAGCAACAUAUUCGAUCCUCGUUCACCUAUAGAAGUACAAUCUUUUGAUGAGCUAGAAGUCGGCGAUGUGAUCUCUAAAACUUUCACUAUUACGACGAUCCAUACGCAAGAACCUAAGGAAGAUGGAACCUUCAAAACGUAUCACAUCCUGCCCAAAUCGUGCUUCUCAUUGAAAGUGAUGCAAGAGAUUCCGAUCCUGGUUGUCCUCAUGUACCAGCUUUUCAAGCAGCAUAUACACCAAGAUGUUUCGGAAUUCAUCCCGCUUAUAAUGGAUUUCAUUAACUUAAAACCGACUGAUGUACAGAGAAAAAAUCCUCGUUUCGAUCAAGAUAUAUUUGUCGACUUCAUGGCCGCACAGGUGAAAACUUUAUCAUUCCUGGCCUAUGUAAUCAAAAUCUACCAGGCGUUCUUUUCCGGGAAAAUGGCUCGGAUAAGAAAUCACUUAGCUGUAGCACCCUUUCGGUACCUAACUGCCAUGACAUCCGAAGGAAGCACGAGUGCUAGGAUGCUGCCAGGUUGUCUAAGCCUAGACAGGGGAGUUCGAGAGGCAGAGGAUCUUGUUGAACGUCAUUCUGCGAAUCUAGUAAUGGGAAUAAUGAAUUUGUUGUACAACUGCCCGCCGUCGGUGACGAACAUGCGCAAAGAAUUUUUUAUUGCUGCCAGACACAUUCUAAGUGCUCCAGAUAUCCGCCCAAUUUGCUUCAUUCUACAGACGACACCGAUAACAAUGCUGUCCUCGGUAGUCCACGUUGCGGUAUGCGCAGCACAUACCAGAACCACCGCAGCUGAUGGUGCUGGAUAUCAUCCGCGAGUGGAGUACGUGUUGCGCAACCAAAUGUCCGUUUUCUGGUUACCUCUGCUUCUGUUUGAAUUCCUAAGGACUUGUUCAGAGAAUGCAAGUUCUAAAGCAUGA